UGUGCCACUCACAGCAUGGCGGAGCGGCUGCCCGCCGCGCCGCCGUCAAGGGGGGGUGGCCGCAAAGGGAGCUUCGGCUUCGCGACAGCGAGCGGCGGCGGGCGGGGCAUAAUAAAGCAGUGAGGAGAAACUGAAGGAAGUAUUACAUGCAUUACUGAUCAGAAAACUGUUUCUGAAGUAUUUGGGCAAACUACAUCUACAUGUAGUAAAAUCUGCAAAGGUUGAAGGUGUGGAGAGCAUGGGUUAUGAUAUUGAGCGCUUCGUGGGCUAUGUCAAUGAGGGGCUGUUGUGCUCCAUCUGCCGAGACGUGUUAGAAGAUCCACUGCAGGCUCCUUGCGAGCACGCUUUCUGCACUGCCUGUAUCCACGGGUGGCUUGUUCAUCACAGUAACUGCCCUGAAGACAGACAAGUGAUUGAUGUGUCUCUGCUACGACCUCUCUACAGAUAUAUGAAAAAUGAUUUAAACCGUCUUCAGCUACAUUGCAGAAACAGAGAGUAUGGCUGUGAAAUGGUUUGUUCUCUGGAGUCUAUAGACAGGCAUGAAAGGGAGUGUGAGUACAGUCAGAUACCUUGCUCCAAUGCUGGUUGUACCGUGCAGGUCGAGCGGCGUAACUUGGACGGGCACCUGGCGGUGUGCGAGUACCGGAGCCGGGAGUGCCCCAAUGGCUGUGGCUACACCAUCCUCAGCGCAGAGGACACGCAGCACAACUGCGUGGCAGAGCUGAGAACCGAGCUGGAACUGCUUCGGUCAGAAAUGAUCUGCAGAGUGGAGGAGGCAAAACAUGAGAUGGAGUCAAGGUUAGACUCACAGAGAAGGCAUAUGGUUCAAAAAGAGAGUAUUCUGCAAAAUGAAAUUGAAGAACUAAAGAGUCAGAUGUCACGAAUGAUGUCAGAUGUCAGGUCUCUGAUGGCAGCAGAGAGACAGCACCGUCAAGAGCUGGAGCAGGCAGAGCUGGAAAAACGGGAGUUAAUGGAGCUGCUGAAGGGGCUGCAGAAGGACUGUAGAUUAACUACUACAGAGGGAAGCAGAAAGUCAAAUUUCCGUCCUUUGACACGACUGGAGAGUGUAAAAAGAAAACCUAGGGAAGUCACAGUUAUCUAAAUAGUACUAAGCUCAAAAACCAUUUUCUUCAAAUACUGGCUUCUGGCAAACUACUUUCUUUGAAUGAUUGGUAAAGUUUAUAUCAUUUCUUAAUUACUUUUUUCUUUUAAAAUCUAAAUUAAUAGUGUAUUUCCUUUGGGACCAUAAAAACAAACAGAAGGUUUUUUUUCUGAGGGAAUACUGGUCAUUAAAACCAGUAAUUGGAAGACAUAUUUUAGCUAAUGUUUUUAUAAAAAGGGGAAGAAGACUUGAUUUAUUCUCUCUGUACUGCAUCACUUACAGUAAUCUUUCAAGACUUAAAGCUACAGCCUUUUAAAGUCAAAGAUAUGGACUAUUAAGGACCAGGAAGGAAAAAACAUUUAAGUAUCUCUGUUUCAAACAAAAAAGCAAAUUUGACUAUUUGGGAGGUGAAUGGUAGAAUUAGUAAGUCAGUAAUAGAAAUUAAUAGUAUCUUGUUUGUAGUCUGUAGAAGGUCUUAUUCAAAGGUGGAAAGCAGGCACUUUAAAUUGUAAUUCUUCUGCUACUUAACAGCUUCGGGUGAGGUUAACUGUUACUUUAGAGCUUCUCAUUUCCCAUGGUGAUACAUACUUACAGGACUAAUACUAAAGCCUGAGGUAGUAGAAUAAUCUAAACAGAUUAUUAAAACAGAUGUAUGAAUAACUUUGAGUUUGUGGGAAUGGAUCUGCUUCUUAUUUAAAAAUUUGAAGCUUUUAUAUGUGAAAGUAUCAGGUAUUUCUACAGGAUCUUUUAAGCAUAAGACCAGUCUGUUUGGUACUCAAACUUUAAAGUGUAUAUAAAUACCUAGAGUAUCCUUAAUUUUCUUGUGGCAGGUUUAAGACUACUUGAUAUGCACAAGAGAUGAGUAUUUGCACAGUCACUUGGGCUUCAGACAUUUGUGUUAGUGCUCAAGCAGGCUGCAGGGAGUGCCAGAGGCUGGCACUGGCAUCAGAGGGUAACAGAACACCUGUGCAAGUGUGAAUAGGUCAAUGACCUGCUCUGCUUAGCAAUACAAGUUAAAGGGCAGGUGGAGGGGUUAAGGGAUGUUAGAGCAUCUGAGGAAGAGAUUGACUGGUAGAGUCAUUCUCUACCUCCCCUGAGGCAAAUGUACCACUCCAAUGCACCUCAGAAAGUAGUGGAUCACUAGAGAUGAACCUAGGGUGGCAGUUCUGUGGUGCAGGCAAAACUGUUGGCCCUGCUAACGUGCAUCUACACCAAAGCACAGUGUGGGCACCAAGCAGGAGGAGCUGGAACCUUCAGCAGGAAGGUUUUGAUGUCACCAUCACAGAAACAUGGGGAUGACUCUCAUCAUGGGAGUGCUGCAAUGGCUGGAUAUAAGCUCUUUAGAAGAGACAGGCAAAGCAAGAGAGGUGGUUGGAUAGCACUGUACAAUAGAGAGUGUUUUGAUUGUAUUGAAAUUGGUGAUGAAGAUGACAAGUUUGAGUGCCUCUGGGUAAGCAUCGCAGGAAGGUCAGCAGGGCAGACGUCAUGGUGGGAGUCUGUUGGGGACCACCCAGCCAGGAACUGGCUGAUAAGGCAUUCCACAAGCAGCUGGCACAGGAGGCAUAGUCACCAGCCUUUGUUUUCAUGGGUGACUUCAACUUGCCUGAUGUCUGCUGGAAAUACAGCACGGAGUAAGCAGCCUAGGGGGUUCCUGGAAUGUGUGGAGGACAGCUUUCUAAGUAACACGAUGGGAAAUGAGCCUAACAGAGAAGGGGCCCUGUUGUUUGUGGGCAAAGAAAGGCUGGUGGGUGAUGUGCUGGUCAGUGGCCAUCUUGGGCAGAGUGACCACGAACUGUUAGGAUUUUCUAUACUGGGUGAAGUAAGGAGGGGCACCAGCAGAACUUCUGUGUUGACUUUGGUGAGCAAACUUUGGCCUGUUCAGGAUAUGGAUUGACCAAGUAAGUCCCUUGGAAGUCAGUCCUGAAGGGCAAAGGAGUCCAGGAAGGCUGGAUGUGCUUUAAAAAGGAAUUGUUAAAUAUUCAGGAACAGACUCAUGUAGAAAGACAAGUUGUCAGGGAAAAAGCCUGGCAUGGUUAAGCAGAGAACUUAAGUUGGAACUUAGGGGGGAAAAAAGAGAAUAUAUCACCUCGAAAGGAGGGUCAAGUAACUUGGGAGGAUUAUAAGGAUGUCACAAGGUCGUUAGGAAGAAGGUUAAAAGGGACAAAACCCAAACUAGAACUUGCUUUGGCCAUUACAGUUAAAGACAACAAAAAAACAUUCCAUAAAUAUAUUGACAGCAAAAGGAGGAUCAAGGAGUGUCUCUACCAUUUGUUGAAUCCAGAGUGUGAUGUAGUGACAGGGGUUGAGGGAAAGGCAGAAGUUCUUAAUAUCGGGAUAAGAUGUCCUCAUGAUACCCAGCUCCCUGAGAUGGAAGUUGCUGAUGGGCAGAUGAGUUCCCCCCCAAAGUCCAGAGCAAGAUGGUUAGACACUCACAGGUCUAUGGGCCCUUAUGGGAUCCACCCCAGAGGAAUGAGGGAACUGGCAAAAGUAUUUGCCAAAACACUUUCAGUCAUCUGUCAACAGUACUGCUUAACUGGAGAAGUUCCACAACACCCAUCUACAAGAAUAGUUGGAAGGAUGAUCUGGGGAACUAAAGGCUUGUCAUCCUGACCUCAGCUCUGGGCAAGGUUCUGGAAGAGAUCAUCCUGAGCACCAUUACAUGGCACAUGCAGGACAACCAAGGGAUCCAGUCCAGACAACAUAGAUUUUAAAAAUUCAGGUCCUGCUUGACUGGUCUGAUCUCCUAUGACUAAGUGACCUUAGUCAUAGGAGAAGAUGAGGGAAAGGCUGUGGCUAUUGUCUAUUUGGACUUCAGUAAAGCAUUUCACACAAUCUUUCACAGCAUCCUCCUAGAAAAACUGGCUGCUUGGGACUUGAAUGGAUAAGGACUGUCCAAUGGAUAAAAAGUUGGUUGGUUGUCAGGCCAAGAGAGUGGUGGGGAAUGGAGCUAAGUCCAGUUGACAGCUGGUCACUAGUGGUGUUCCCCAGGGCUCAGUAUAGGGCCAGUCCUGUUUAACACCAUUAUUAACGAUCUGCACGGGGGGAUUGAGUGCAUCCUGAAUAAAUUUGCAGACAACACCGAGUUGGGUGAGACUGUUGAUCUUCUCAAGGGUGGGAAGGCUCUGCAGAGAGACAUGGACAGACUUGAUCAAUGUGCCAAGGCCAGCUGCACAAGGUUCAGUAAGGUGAAGUGCUGCAUCCUGCACUUGGGCUGCAGCAACCCCAUGCAGUGCUACAGGCUGACAGCAGAGUGGCUUGGGAGCUGUUCAGCAGAAAGGGACUUGUUGACAACAGACUUAAUAUGAGCCAAUGUGUGCCCAGGUGGCCAAGAAGGCAAAUGCAUCCUGGCCUAUAUCAGAAAUAGUGUGGCUGUAACUGUCCCUCUGUAUUUGGCACUGGUGUGUGGCCACACCUCGAGUGCUGUGUCCAGUUUUGGCCCUUCACUUUAAAAAGGAAAUUGAAAUGUGAUGCAGUGUCCAGCAAAGGGCAAAAAGCUCAUGAAAGUUCUAGAAAGCUUGUCUUGUGAGGAGCAGCUGAAAGAACUGGGUUUGUUUAGUCUAGAGAAGAGGCAGCCCAGGGGGACCUCUUCACUCUCUGCAACUCCCUGAAAGGAGGGUAUAUCCAGGUGGGGACUGGUCUCUACUACUGUGUCUACAGUGAGAGGACAAGAGGAAAUGGCCUUAGGCUCCAGAAUGGGAGAUUCAGAUUAGAUGUUGGAAAAAAAAAUCCCUGUUAGGGUGGUCAGGCGUUGGAAUAGGGUGCCCAGGGAGCUGGUGGAGUCACCAUCUCUGGUGUUAAAGAGUUGUCAGGGUCUGGGGCUCAGAAAUGGUUUGGUGGUUUAGGAGUUGCAGGGGUAGUUCUGGGUUAACAGUUGCACUUGGUCUCUUCCACCCUUGAUGAUUCUAUUAUUCAAAGUUUGCAAUAGGAUUUUUUAACAAACCUACAAAUUGAUGAGGUAUACGUCUGUAAGCACUGCAUGAGAAAUCUGUUCAAAGACUUUCGCCAAACUUUUUACGCAGCUUGUUCAUGUUGUUUUCAGUGGUAUAACUAAGCCAUAGUCUCAGCUCAUCAGUGGACUAACUAUAGAGAUAUCUGGCCUUCUGUUUCCUGAAUGUGUUCAAUCAGUUUUGAAGGCUCAGGAAAACGUGUGCAGGUUCAACAACCUGAAUAUGUUAAUUUUAUAGUUCAGAAAGCAACUGCAUUACUGUGCAUGCCUUGCUGUCACUCAGAGCAAUGCUUUUAUAGCUAAUACCAUAACCAAAGAGAGAGGCAGCAAUCUUCUUUAGCUCAUAGUCUACAUUAUGAAGAUUUGUGGUCAGAGUUAUCUGAAUUUCAGGCAUUAAUAAAUCCUCUAACUUGUUGUUUCUUUAGUACCACUGAGGCAGAUGUGCACAUAUUCAGGUCUUGUAUAUUUAAAAACUGACAAAAAAAAGCUCUUCUGUAAAAGUAGGCUUUUUUCAGGGGAAAAAACCCACAUUCAAAGUAAUUGAGAGUAUUUGGGACACUAGCAAACUCAUCAAUUGAUGCUAUAGCAUAUCUCUUAAGCAGCCAUAUUUAAUAAUCUAAAACAGUAAACCAGUAGCUAUAAUUUGGGAAGACCUUCAUUCACACUGAAUAUUCAGUGGUCAGUUCAGUUACAUCAGUGUGUGUAUUAAAGCAAUAGGUAGAAAGUAAAAAUGCUGUUACUCUUGUGUUCUAAACAAGCAAGCUGUGAGUAUCUGUGCUCUGCGUGACAUUAUUGCAGCAUUUACACUAAUUUUCAAGCUUUUUGGCAACACCAGAUUUCAUGCUAUUAGAUUCAGUUAGUGCUUUUCUGUGUUCUGUAAUUGUGUGGUUGUGAUGUGACUUUAUCUACUUUGCCUAAUGUAAAGAAGAAAAUUACUUCAAAAUCCUUUAGAACUUGAAUCAUCUUUCCUGAGUCAGAGGGCAGUAACCCAAUCUUUUCUGUUCUGACCACAGAAGAAAGUUAUUAGCUCUGUGCAUUCCUUAUAAUGGGAUCUCUGCAUUUGUUUGCUUUAGAACUUUCACCCACACAUUUAUGACUAAAUUCCUCCUAGUAUGGGAAAUAGGGUUUAUUUAAUGUUGACUUAGCAUUUGGUCUGAUGUCUUUUCCCUAACUGAUGGACAUGAAACUGCAUGAGAAAACGUGUUCUAGGUGGUAAAGAAGGACUUUCUGCUGUGCAAACUCGGGCAGUCCAAACUUCCAGUGUGGAAAUGUGGCAGCACUUUGGGCCCAGCAGCUGCUGGAAUGGGCUGUCAGUUUGGGUUUCCUUUAGCAGCAAAGAAGCACUUUCAGAGAUGUUUUAAAUAGGCACACAGUAGCUAAUAGCAUCAGGUACCUCUGGUGACUAUAAGCUUUUUUUUGCCAUUCUUCUGGAUUGAUAACGGUUCUGCACUUCAGAUUUUCCUCUGCUAAUGAACCUCUUACAGGGUGGUAUUGCUGAAGUAUCAUCAUCAUUUGACCUGUCUUACAAUUACAUUAAAUAGCCCAUUAUGUUAAUAUUUCAUCCACUUCUUGCUUUUACAGUCUCAUGUAUUAUGCAGCUCUUAAUAGCAGUUGGCAGCAGUAAGGAAUAUUUUUUUUCUUUCUUUCAAAUAGUCUGUUAAUCCUGUUCACUAAAACUCCAAAUGUUGUACUAGACUUAAGUUAAAGACAUUCACUUGGAAAUGCCACUUCCCUAGUCAUGAUCAUACUUUAGCAUUAUAUGAGACACUGCUAAAAGUGCAUUACAGGAGGAUUCUAGCACAGAAUUACUGGUAUUCCUAUUCUCAUACUAAAUCACACCUUAAUCAGUUCCACCUCCUAACAAGUGGAACUGCUGCUCCAAGUAAACCAGUAACUGCAAAUUGUAUUUUGAGUUGCUGCUUCUGGCUCUUUGCAGCUGGAAGAAGGAGAUUAAAGAGAGAGAACAGGUGUGGUGUGACUGCUUCUUCAGCCCAAAAGCAGAGAUGUGGCUGCACCAGCUUGUGCCACCAGCCAUCUUAUCAGUGUGAGCUGCCAGCUGUGUGGCAGGGAGUUAACAUGGCAUUAGAAUUAAACAGAGAUCAAAUCUUUAUCCACAGUUAGGUGGGUACAAUGUCACAGUACCAAGCCUGGGAGAUUCAGAAAAACAAAAUUCAGAGAGAGCAAGUGGUUAAGUAAGGUAUGUUGAACUUGCAUAUACAAGAGUUUCUCAUCAGCAUAGGAGGGAAGGGAAUUGCACAGUCAAACAAAAUACCUGCUAUAGUGAUGUAUUUUGACUGGCCAAAAGUGGUUUUAUCUGAAAUGUUCUUAGGUGUUUGUAUGAAGUAAUGUAUUAAUAGACCCCAGUUGCAAACAGUUCUUACAAUUUAUAGAAAUUGGUAGCUUUGCAAAUGAGAUUUCCCAUGUGCUGUCCUCUUGGAUGUUCCUGGCAUGGUGCUUCUCUACAGCUGCUUUCCUUAGAAGUGCUGGGUAGUACUGACAAGGAGCAGUACUAGCCUUGCCUUUCUCCCGUACCGUUGUCAGACGGAGUACGGUAGGUCAGGGAGAUUUUACCACGUAGAAGAUGCCUUUACAAAGACCUACAAUUCUAUGCAACUUUCUAUUAACUGAGUAAACACUGAACUGUCUUCCAGCAUUAUGGGUCGCUACCAGUCUAUUUACAUUUUCUACCUUUAUAUGCACAAGGACAAACCAGCGCUUAACAGAUCUCAGUCUCUAGUGUGUUUGAGAAAUGGUAACACUUUGUAUCACUUUGAAGUACACUUUGUAUAAAAGUUGAACUAAUAAAGGGUCUACACCAU